GAUAUUAUUAUGGGUCCCGGAACAAAUGAGGACGCUGAUAAGAGUUCAGAUGGCGAAGACAAUGACGACGACGAUGAGUCACCAAGCGCAAAAUUUCGGCGAGGUGAGAAAUUGCCAUCAGACUUGGAAAUGGGCAGCGAUUCGGAUGAUGGCAGUCCUGGCAAUGAAGACAGUGGGGAUGAUGGCGAAUGGAAUAUGAUGGGUGCUGCGCUGGAACGAGAAUUUCUUGGACUUGAUGAUUAGCUUGUAUUGUUUGAAUUUAGAAAAUAUUAAGGGUAAUUUAUUUGAACUUUUUCACUUGAAUUCUGAGUAAAUUUUAACUUUAUUCUGUUUUCACCCAUAUAGUAAGUACGCUUAUAAAGCUUUUAAAUUAUGAAUACGUGUGCACACAUUUAUAUAAGUAUAUAAUUGCAGGCAUAAACUGUUGAAAACUAACUUGAAAGCAAUUUUAAAUUAAUAAACAGUAAGGCGAACCCAAUUACAAUUCUUGUGGAAGAUGUAUUUGUUUUAUAAUACUUAUAAUAUA